AUGGAGAAGCUGGUCACUGCGAUGCAAGACCCUGAGACGGGCAUCAAGAUGGGAACUCAGCGGUUUGUGGUCACCCCCAUCCCACACCUGAUGACCGGGAAUGAUAUUUUCGAAUGGCUUCUUCAAAACCUGGACGCAUCGGAGGCAGAGUCCUUUCAUCUGGGCGACUUAAUCAUAAAGUACGGUUACAUUUACCCACUGAAGGAUCCGAAGAGUUUAGUAUUGCGGACAGAUGAUUCUCCUUACCGGUUUCAGACCCCGUAUUUCUGGACCUCUCGCAAAUGGCCGGCAACAGAUCUGGAUUACGCCAUUUACCUGGCGAAGAGGAACAUCAAGAAGCAGGGAAACUUGGCCGAACAUGAGAAGACCUGCUACAACCUGCUGCAUACACGGAUCAAUCAUGCUUGGGACUUUGUGGUGAUGCAAGCAAACGAGCAGCUCAGGGCUGCGAAGCAAAGGAAAAGAUCAGACCGCAUUGUGUUGGAUUGCCAGGAGCAAGCCUAUUGGCUGGUCAACCGCCCCCCCCCAGGGGCGUUGAACAUCAUGGACUCGGGACCACGCAGAAACAACAUUCAGGCACGGAUCAAACUGAAUAGUGCGUACUACAAGAAAGAGAUUGAAUAUUACAACAAUGCGUUAACCAGAUCAAGAGUCAAAUCCUCUAUUUCUUUGGAAGGCUUUGUCAAACACUGUGACCAGUAUCUGCUCCACGACCCCAUCAUGAGCGGCUGCGUGCGCAGCAGCCCCUGGAUCAGCAGCGGCACCAGCUACUGGACCAUGAACGCUGACCUGGUGACCGUUCCCACCCGGCUCCGUGCGGAACGUUGGGCUUUGAGUUUCCCGGAGUUGCUCCAGGAUCCACUGGGCCGGCAGGAGUUCCGUCGCUUCCUGGAGAAGGAGAUCAGCGCUGAGAACCUCAUUUUCUAUGAGGCCUGUGAAGAUGUUUGCCAUGGAGAGCAGUCAAAGAUCGAGGAAAAAGUAGAGGGCAUCUUCGAGCAGUUCCUUGCAGCCGGGGCCAGCAGGUGGGUGAAUGUGGACAGUAAAACAAUGGAGAAAACACUGGAUGGUUUACAUGCCCCUCAUCGCUUUGUCCUUGAAGAUGCUCAGAUGCACGUUUACACGCUGAUGAAAAAGGAUUCUUAUCCACGGUAUUUAAAAUCGCAGAUGUACAAGAAUCUCCUGGCAUCAGCCACUGUUGCUCAGGAAAGCAAGAAAAGGUGGCAUCGACUGACCAGCCAGAUCCCCAGUGGCCAGACGUCCCGGCCCCCAACACUGGACCGAAGGGACAAGGCUGCGACCUCCACCGUGUCUCAGCUGUGUCGCUUUUCCCACCCUUUGGCCAAUCUCGGCGUUUUCACCGGAACCAAUAUCCCAGAUUUCUCCAAGGAUGAACCUUCCUGGUCCCAGUCCAGUCUUCCCACCUUUUAUCCUGGAAUCUUUCCGGCUGAAACCUCCUCCCCUUCCUGCUGUUCCGUCGACCUCCCGAGGUUCUGCUUCCUUGUCUGUCUCAGCAUGUGAUAAGAGUUAUUAUAUUGUGUUGUGUUUCCUUCUCAACUCAAACAUCUUUCACUAGUUAACCCAAGAUUAGCACCGAGAUCCGAUGAAGGUUCCCCCUGUUGCAGAUACUGUAAACAUAGAAAAUAGGUGCAGGCUAGUAGGCUAGAUGCAGGAAACAUGUUCCCCAUGUUGGGGGAGUCCAGAACCAGGGGUCACACAGUUUAAGAAUAAGGAGUUGGCCAUUUAGGACUGAGAUGAGAAAAAAACGUUUUCACCCAGAGAGUUGUGAAUCUGUGGAAUUCUCUGCCACUGAAGGCAGUGGAGGCCAAUUCACUGGAAGUUUUCAAGAGAGAGUUAGAUUUAGCUCUUUAGGCUAAAGGAAUCAAGGGAUGUGGGGAGAAUGCAGGAACGGGUACUGAUUUUAGAUGCUCAGCCAUGGUCAUAUUGAAUGGUGGUGCUGGCUCGAAGGGCUGAAUGGCCUACUCCUGCACCUAUUGUCUAUGGUCUAUUCGGCCCUUCAAGCCUGUACGUAGACUAAUGGUGAGCAGAGAGGGAGUGAGACAACACUAUUGCUGGAGUUAUCUAGAAAUCCAAGAGUUGAAUCUUUAACUGAGGAUUAAAUGUCGGGAAUAAGGUGACUGCUGCAAAGCAAAGAUUCCAUGGAAUAUUCAGACAAAGUUGGUGCACUUUCUUUUUCCCUAUAAGAUGUGGGAUAUUUACACUUUGAAACUGGCAGGUAGGUGGCUUUAAUUUGUGGGAAUCCAGGCUGAUUGUAACAUUGACUGAAGUUUAGUGAUGACAUAUUGAUCAGUGAAGCUCAUGCAUCAUCCGAUCACGCCCUGGAAAUGAUUAAUCACCAAUUCUUGCAGGGAAUGGGAUCGUGUGAUCAAGGUGAGUGUUUUAUUCUUUAAUCUGUUACUUACUGUCACUCCCUACAGAGCAACUGCAAAGUGCCUUCUAUGAGUAACUGACUAAGUCUGGUCACGUGAGACCAAAAUGCUGGAGAAACUCAGCAAAAAUUAGGAGACUGCAUCCUGGAAUGAGGAAUUUCAGCUGCAAAAUUAGAUGUGUUAAGGGUUUGGACACACUAGCUGCAGGAAACAUGUUCCAGAUGUUGGGGGAGUCCAGAACCAGGGGCCACAGUUUAAGAAUAAGGAGUGAGCCAUUUAGA